AUGGAUACGGAACAGGAACAGAGAUCAGAAUGGAAUGCAGCACAAGAUAUUGUGAUAAGUGAAGAUCUUGUGGCCGCUGCUAAGCGUCACCUGCAAUUUCUUGCUGCUGUUGACAGGAAACGUUGGCUUUAUCAAGCUCGCCCUUUGCACUGGGCCAUCUACAGGUAUAAUGCUUGCUGGCUUCCCUUGCUUGCUAAACAUUCCAAGUCUAAGGUUACACAAGGACCUUUGGUUGUUCCUCUUGAUUGUGAAUGGGUUUGGCAUUGCCAUAGGCUCAACCCGGUUAGAUACAAAUCCGAUUGUGAAGAACUUUAUGGAAGGAUUCUUGACAACCGUAAUGUUGCAUCUUCUGUUCAAGGAAUAUCAAGAAAAGAAACAGAAGAAAUAUGGAACAAACUGUAUCCCAAUGAGCCCUAUGACAUUGAAUUGGCACUUUCAAAGGAAGUUUUGGAAAAGGUCUAUGGAACUAAAAGUCGUACCAGAUACAAUCUUGUUUUAGCCAGUGAACGACAGGGCCCGUUCUUUUACCAGGUUUCCAGACCCCAUGUGAACAACGACCACUUUCUUGAAGCAGCCAUAGCCAGAUACAAAGGUUUUUUGCAUCUAAUCAAGACAAACAUGGAGCAAUCCGUAAGACGUUUUUGCGUUCCGACUUAUGACAUUGACCUAAUCUGGCAUACACACCAGUUACAUCCUGCUUCCUACAGCAAGGACUUGGUAGAAUUACUUGGAAAGAUCCUGGAACAUGAUGACACAGACCAAGCCAGGGGAAAAGGUCAGAAACUAGAUGUUGGAUUUUCUGCAACUACCAAACAAUGGGAGGAGACAUUUGGUUCAAGGUAUUGGAGGGCAGGAGCAAUGUAUAGAGGCAGUGCACCUUCUCCUCUCACUACCACUCCUUUCAUACCAAAUGUUGCGGCCAAGAAGGUUCAUUCGACUAAUAGGUUUCAGAGAUUGAUCGAUCUUCCUGAAGCAAAUGUCAUUGAGGUAGUUUUGGAGUUUGUAGAAACCAAAAACUUACCAGAGACACACAAGGGAAGAGUUGGUGUCUUUUUCAGUAAGGCAAAGUCUGAUGGAAUCUUCAAUGUCAAGAGGAAACUUAAUAUCCAAUCCGAAUCUGGGCAGAAGCAGGUUGCUACAUUCCAAUGCCAACCUACUGGAGAUCUUUUAUUUGAACUUGUCUCUGAUUCCCCUUCCAUCUCACCACUAUCCAAAUCAACCAAAACUCUGGGUCACUGUUUUUUCUCUUUGGAAGAUUUUUUUCACCCCAUCCCUAAUCUCGCUGUGGAAAAAUGGUUGGAUUUGGUUCCUACUCCUGGCACUAUCAAUUCUGAGCCUAUUCGUCUAAGAGUAGCAGCCUCAUGUACUGUGCCAAUCCCAGGACCACAUGUGCUUCAGAUAGCAAGUACUCCCCCUUUUUCAAAAAUUUCAUGCAUUUCCCAACUUCCUGCUAAGGUGCAGUUUGACAAGAGCUGGGCACAGGUUACAGAUGAAACUGGCAACGAAAUCCUUAGCCUUCAAAUGAGGGAGAACAAAAGAACAAAAGGGGUGGAUGACAAAUUAAGGAAAGAGCUAAUUGGUAUUACAAGAGCAGGUGAAACACUUGUUUUUGGCCAGUUUCUUGGGUCAGAGUGGUCUUUGAUGGAUUCUCUAUGGUCCCUUAAGCUUCAGAAUAGCAAUGACGGAAAUGCCCACCUCCUGCUCACUGGUCCUCAGACGGUUAAACUGGUUCCUGGGAGAAGGCUGGAUUAUGAACUCAAGCACCAUGACAAGCGAACACCAAAACACAAUUUUAUGACAGCAGUUGAGUUGUCUGCAGAGUACCCUUAUGGAAGACCAGUAGCAUUAAUUGAUGUCAAAUCUGGGCUUUUGACGUUGCAAGAAUCAUGGUUUGCGUUACCAGGAAUCAUUUCAGCUUUCAUAGUGUACGACAUUUUGAGAAUGGAAGAAUAUGAUGGUCUAACUAAGGGUGGUGAAACAUUGAAGGAGAAGAAAUUUAUGGCUGAGGGAGUUGAUUUUGAUGGUGAAGUUGCUAAAGUGACUACAGUGAUUCUAGACAAAUUAGCAAUCGGCGGUUGUGGAGGUGGAUGCGGUAGUGGAUGUGGGAAUAUGGUGAAGAGUGGUGGGGGAUGUGGAGGUGGUUGUGGGAAUAUGGUCGACAGUGGUGGUUGUGGUGGGGGAUGUGGAGGUGGUUGUGGCGGGGGAUGUGGAGGUGGUUGUGGGAAUAUGGUGAAAAGUGGUGGCUGUGGUGGUGGAUGUGGCGGGGGAUGUGGAGGUGGUUGUGGGAAUAUGGUGAAAAGUGGUGGCUGUGGUGGUGGAUGUGGUGGUGGUUGUGGGAAUAUGGUGAAAAGUGGUGGUGGUUGUGGUGGGGGAUGUGGCAGUGGUUGUGGAAAUAUGGUGAGCAGUGGUGGCUAUGAGAAUAUGACAAAAAGUAACAUUGGAGGUCCUUGCAAUGAUGAACAACCGAUGCAAGUUGCAGCUGAGGCAUAAGGGGGAGUUUGCAUCAUCAAAUAAGUGUGUUAUCUGUUCUAUAAAUGGUGUAUAAACCCUUCCAGUAGUUGUAUGUGGUUUACUUAGCUACACAUAAGGGCAGGAUAACCACAAGAUUUGCUUCUUAAUAUUCUGUAACAUAUAUCCAUGUAUCCGUUACAACUAUUGUAACAAAUAUUUUAUCAAUCAACCUGCAUGUGAUUAGUUGGUAACA